AUGGAGCGUUUGAAGCUCGGGCCGACGAAGUUGUGGACGGGAUUGGUGUUGCAUCAUAAGGAUGUGUUUGUCUCGCAUGUGAUUCCGAAAUUGAACGAGACGGAUCGGAUGUUCUUUUCAAAGGUGAAUAGUGCGAGUUUGGAUGUGCUUAAGUAUGCCGGGGUAAACGUAUGCGAAUUAAAAUGGGUUAUGUGGGAAUGUACAUCUAUUUCGACGCUGGAAUGGGCGUGGAAUCACAUGUGCUGGGGACAGAAAUUAGAAGAUGGAACGGUGAUGGAUCAAGCCUGCUUUUGCGAGAAUGUUGCUACAACGAACAAACUCGAGUUUCUCAAGUGGGCGAGAGAAGUGAAACAUUGCGAGUGGGAUGAAUGGUCGAUUAAUCAGGCAGCAUUUAAAGGUAAUCUCGAGAUGUUGAAGUACUGCUUCUCUAACGAGUGCCCGUGUGAUGAAGAAGAGUCGUGUAGACAAGCUGCUAUGGCAGGACACCUCGACUGUCUUCGAUUUCUUUUCGACCAAGUGGAACCUUCGCGAGAGACGGAGAAAAACGCGGCACUACUAGCGGCAGUAUAUGGUCACAUAAACAUCUUGAAAUAUCUUGUUGAAGAAAGAAAGAUAUCUGAGGAGGUAAAGAGCGAGUGCGUGUACACCGCUGCAAAGUAUGGCGAACUCGAUUGCCUCAAAUACUUAGUCGAAGAGGCGAAAGCGCCUCUUAACGACUGGAGAGACAUCGCUUUCGCUCGUUACCACGAGCACCCCGAUUGCGAAAACUACUUGCUCGAAAAAGGGUGCCCAGAACCGACGGACGAACAAUACGCUGAAUUUGUCGAGAGUCUGAGAAGAUUGAGAGAUCAUUGA